AUGGCGCCGGGCGCCAGGAGGUGCACCGCCUGGCUGAGGAUCCUGGCCUUGUGGCUUGGGGUGGCAAACGGCGACGUGCAGCAGCAAUUCCUGAAAACUCAGACGGUUUCGCUUACGCAUCUCCAGGACGUCAGCUGGCCAGAUGGCUCGGACGUGCAGGACUCGCAAGCGUGGACCAAUAACAACCAGAAUGUGCGAACCAACUCCAUUGUCGAGAUUGAGUUUGCCGAAAACAUUCAAGCCAGCUUUGGCUACAUAACGAUACAACCUGCGAUAUCUGGGAUUGGAGCUUCAAGUGCUUCCGCGACGACCAUAUCAGUGCCAAGCACCGAUGUAGUCAUCAGCGGCCAGUCCCUCUUCCUCAACGAUCCCUCCAGUGCCGGCGGCCGGCAAAUCGUGUUCGCUGAGGAGACGGUGUACACCGUUUCCUUCGAUGCUGGCCUCAUCCAAAACUUGGCUGCGACGGAUACAAAUGCAGCCUUCUCCAUCCAGUUCACCACAGGUGACUUUACGUCUCCAACACUUCUGACUAUGUCCCCGGCAGAUAACUCACCCAACGUGGCGGUGACCACCACCAUUGUAUUCACUUUCUCCGAGGAUGUUCUAGCGAAUCCGGACGUAUCUGGCACGGCCCCGACCUGGGGCAUUCAGGACCCCUACCAGCGGCAGACGCCGUUCUCGGUGGCCCCGAAGUGCAGUGAUGCGCAGAUCACCGUGUCAGGUGCCUCUGCGACCAUCACGAUUGACACGGUGGCCUUCCCGAUCCUGCCCUGUAGCCAGUACCAGGUGGUCUUCGCGGCAAAGUGCUUCACGGACACCUCGGUGAACUUGAACUACGCGGCCGCUCUGCCCAGCUCCAGCUUCUACGACUGGUGGACCUCCUGUAUCACGUCCUACAGUCCUACUGUCGGCACCUAUGGCGUUCCCAUCAAUACCGAUAUCGUCCUGACCUUCUCCGAGCAGAUUCUGCGCGGGACGGGCAAUAUCGUCUUCACCCCCCUUGGCGAAGCCUCGCAGAACUACGAUGUGACCGAUGCCAGCCGAGUCUUGAUCGACAGCAGCCAGCUACAGGUCACCAUCGUUGGGAACGUGGCUUCAGACUACCUCUGCCUGUCUCUGGGCUUCUCGGGCGCAAGCUUGCCAGUGCUUGACUGCAAUGAUCAUUACAGGAUCUUCACGUCCAGCAGGCGUUCACUCGGCUGGGGUGUGGUACAUGCUGAACCUACUCAGCAGCCAGGGAGGCGUCACAGAAGCCGAGGUGCUGACAUGCAGAAGUGCAAGGGCAAGCCAGUGGACAUCACCAUUGGCGCAGGCCAUGCAAGAUCCUACUUUCGGGCAUUUCCAGAGGAGUUUGCCCAAGCGUGUUUGCCCGCGUGGACACAACUGCGGGCGUUGGCAGCCUCCCUGUGA